UGAUACAUGUCCAUUUUGUUGUUGCGAAAACUCGCAGAGCAGAACUGCUAUUACCUCGACUUGUCCCACUAUUGAGAUCAUUAUCAUCUCCAUUCCUGUCUAUUUGUGUUUAAAAUUUAAAGUAAUCUUACAAGCGUUUAUCUGCUUUGCAGUGCUUUUUAUAAUGUAAGUAGGAAUUUAACAUGACCGCACUUCGAAAAACUACGAUCAUUUUAAGUCUGAGAAACUUAACGUAUUUACUAGCAGCUCUUUCUGUUGUUGUUCUUUUUAGUAUUUGGAACCAGAAUCGUCAACUCUCAAAAUUUUCAGACUCGCUAUGGAGGUUCAAAGGAAAUUUGUUCAAUAUUUUUUAUUCAACUGUUCUCUUUAAUACUAAUAAUUCCUCUAUCAUUGAUUUCCAAAGUAAUGGUGACAAACAAACAGCAUUCCUGUCUAUUGAAGAUCACGCGAGGAUUACAAAUGAAAGCCAUACUGCAGCAAGACCCUUAUUGUGCACUUCAUGUUUCCUUCAUAACUAUGGAUAUGUUUUAAACAAUGAUGGCAUAUGUGAUUUGAAAAACAGUGUUGAUUCAAUACGGAUUAUCAUUCUAAUUUUCAGCACUCAUGCGAAUACUGAUAGACGGAAAGCUUUGAGGGAAUCUUGGCUUCUGCCUUACCGACAUAACCAAGACAACAUCCGGUACGCCUUUCUUCUAGGGAUGACUUCUAACCCGAGUUUACAAGGGCGGCUUGAGACAGAAAGUGCACUGUAUAAAGACAUAGUUCAAGAAAAUUUCCUUGACAGUUACCACAACCUCACCAUCAAAACAGUAAUGGCGCUGAAGUGGGUAAUCACGCACUGCAAUCACGCAAAGUUUAUGAUGAAAACAGAUGACGAUAUGUACGUAAAUACGGAGUCUCUGAAAAUCGCCCUCCAACAACAUGGUAUUCAAUUACUCAGGUCUGUCGGUGGUCACUGUUGGCUGAAAGGAAGGCCACAGAGACAAAGGAGUUCUAAAUGGUACGCAUCGUACAGAAUGUAUCCACAAAAGAUCUACCCCGGAUUCUGCUCCGGGACCGGAUAUGUAACAAGCAUUUCAAUGGCUAAAAAACUGUUUGAUGUUACUCCACAUGUUCCUUUCUUCCACUUGGAAGAUGUGUAUGUGGGGCUCUGUCUAUAUGCUCUUGGUUUGUCCGUGACGCACAUCAGGGGUUUUAACUUGGGACGGAUUCCUCUUGGAUGUGUCUAUAAAAGCAACACAUUAAUUACGUCACAUGAACUUGAACUGCACCAUCUCUUGUAUGUGUGGCAUCUGAAGUGUAAAAAAAAGCACACUGGAUAAUUGAACACCAUCAAAACAUGAUUGAGAAACACAAUGACCUAUGCAAUCAUGAUAUUUGUUUGACUUGUAUGUAUGGCCUUGACUAUCAUCUGUAUAAUAGAGCUUUAACCUUGACCUGUUUGUUUACAUUAAAAAAAGUUUUUCAUAA